AUGCUGGUCACUGUGUACUGCGUGCGGAGGGACCUCUCCGAAGUAACCUUCUCCCUCCAGGUCAGCCCUGACUUCGAGCUCCACAACUUUCGGGUCCUCUGUGAGCUUGAGUCCGGUGUUCCUGCUGAAGAGACCCAGAUCAUCUACAUGGAGCGUCUCCUCACUGAUGACCACUGUUCCCUAGGCUCCUAUGGCCUCAAAGACGGCGAUGUCGUUGUUUUACUUCAGAAGGAGAAUGUGGGACCUUGGCAUCCCGGACGGACAUCAAGCCUCCCUCGAAUUGAUUUCACUGGGAUAGCCGAGCCUGGGACAUCCAGCUCCCGGCAGCAGCACCAUCAGCAGCAGCGUGCACCAUCAGCCCAGAAGGCCCAUGGCCUGGACUCUGGAGAGAAGAUGAGGUCUGCUCAAGGUCUGGACAGCCCCGCCUUGAUCCGAAGCAUGCUGCUGUCCAAUCCCCAUGAUCUGUCCCUGCUGAAGGAACGCAACCCCACCUUGGCGGAAGCCCUGCUCAGCGGAAACCUUGAGACGUUUUCUCAGGUCCUGAUGGAGCAGCAAAGGGAAAGGGCCCUGAGAGAGCAAGAGAGGCUUCGCCUCUGUUCAGCUGAUCCAUUUGAUUUGGAAGCUCAGGCCAAAAUAGAAGAAGAAAUCCGGCAGCAGAACAUUGAGGAAAACAUGAACAUAGCGAUGGAAGAGGCUCCAGAGAGUUUCGGACAAGUGGCCAUGCUCUAUAUCAACUGCAAAGUGAACGGACAUCCUUUGAAGGCUUUUGUUGACUCAGGAGCCCAAAUGACCAUUAUGAGCCAAGCUUGUGCGGAGAGAUGUAAUAUAAUACGGCUGGUUGACCGACGGUGGGCUGGGAUUGCUAAAGGAGUGGGCAUGCAGAGAAUUAUUGGCCGAAUUCAUCUGGCUCAGAUUCAAAUCGAAGGUGAUUUCUUACAAUGCUCUUUCUCUAUCCUCGAGGAGCAGCCCAUGGACAUGCUUCUAGGGCUAGAUAUGCUCAGGAGACAUCAGUGUUCCAUUGACUUGAAGAAAAACGUGCUGGUGAUCGGCACCACUGGCACACAGACUCACUUUCUUCCUGAGGGAGAGUUACCUCCAUGUGCUAAGCUGGUAAGUGGUGCUGGGCAAGAAGAGUCUUCAAACAAGGAAGCAGCAAAUACUACUAAACAUUCAGUCAUGGAUUCAGGAAGAAAAAAGCAUUGA